UCAGGUUUGACCAGCCUUCGAGUCCUGUAUGAUGAUCACUUGUUUCGGGAAGAACAGAAUCUCAGGGAAGUUGAGGAAGAGAGACUCAUCAUCAUCGUCUUCUCCUCCAGGGAACUGGACGUCUAGAGACGAAAAAGAUGAAGAAGGCGGGAAGAUCAUCUUCUUUGGGAGAAGAAACCAUUUGUUUGAUUUAGAUGAUCUGCUAAGCUCAUCUUCACAAGUUUUGGGGAAAGGUUCUUUUGGUACAACGUAUAAGGUAACAAUGGAAGACAUGAGCGCAGUCGUUGUGAAGCGGCUGAAGAAAGUAGUGGUGGGAAGAAGAGAGUUUGAGCAACAGAUGGAGAUCAUUGGAAUGAUCAGACACGAAAAUGUGGCUGAGCUAAAGGCUUACUACUAUUCCAAAGACGAUAAACUCGCUGUUUAUAGCUAUUACAGUCAAGGAACCCUCUUCCAGAUGCUGCAUGGAAACAGAGGAAUGUAUGAUCGAGUACCUUUAGAUUGGGAUGCAAGACUGAGAAUAGCAACUGGUGCAGCGAGAGGUUUGGCUAAGAUCCACGAAGGGAACAACGGGAGAUUGAUCCAUGGGAACAUCAAAUCAUCAAACAUCUUCUUAGAUUCACAACGCUACGGCUGCAUUGGCGAUAAUGGCUUAACAACAAUCAUGAGAUCUCUUUCUCAAAGGACUUGUCAUAGUUCAGGUUACCACGCACCAGAAAUAACAGACACUAGAAGAAGCACGCAGUCUUCGGAUGUAUACAGCUUCGGGGUGGUUUUACUCGAGCUGCUGACAGGGAAAUCGCCUGCAAGUCCAGUGGUUACAGAGGGGGAGACCAUGGAUUUGGCUAGUUGGAUAAGGAAUGUGGUGGCGAAAGAUUGGACAGGGGAAGUGUUUGAUAUGGAGAUUUUGAGUGAAACAGGUGGUGAUGUGGAGGAAGAGAUGGUUGAGAUGUUGCAGAUAGGAUUGGCUUGCGUUUCUAUAAAGCAACAAGAACGACCUCAUAUAGCUCAAGUUGUGAAAAUGAUUCAGGACAUUCGAUCAACUGAUCCAGCGUAGACUUUAUCCACAAAACACACACAAGAAAAAAAAUUCUUUAAUCUUCUUCAAUGAUCAUUUGUGUAUUCAGUUUGAAAGUGAAUGUUAUUUAUUCAUAUAUUGUUUGAGAGCAGAUUUGCAAAGAAGAAAACUUUGAACCCAUUUCAUGUAUUAUAA